UAUUAGGUUUAUACUAAUUCUUGUCAGCUUCUAUCUCAUGAUAUAUAUUUUGCUUUUUAAUUGGCUUUGGCUAUCAGUUUCUGCUGGGGGAAGCUUUAUUUCAAGGCUUUCUCACGACAAAGAGAUCGGUAAACACAUCAACUAUUUUAUCUGUUAGCUGCUUUUUAACUAUUUGUUUCCCAAAUAUCAAUAAUAUCAAUGGAGAACAACAACCCUAAUGAUUCUUCAAGACCAGAUAGAAAACUCAUCGAGAGAAACAGGAGAACUAAGAUGAAAGCUCUCUGUUCCGAGCUCCAUGCUCUCUUACCCCAUCACAACUCUAGGGAACCAACAUCACUGCCUGAUCAGCUUCAUGAAGCUGCAAAGUAUAUAAAAAAGUUGCAGACAGAUUUGGAGAGAAUGAAGGAAAAGAAAGACAGCCUGAUGGGAGUUGAAAGGUGGAAAAAUACAACAAGCAGCAGGAGUAAUGAACCUAAAUCGCCUGAAAUACACAUUCAUGAAAUGGGUUCUUCGUUGGUGAUCGGGUUAACAACCGAUACCAACACUUGUCGGUUCAUUUUUAAUCAGACGAUUCGUAUUCUUAAUGAAGAGGGAGCCGAGAUUACUAAUGCCAGUUUCUCUGUCGUUGACGAUACUGUUUUCCAUACCGUACAUCUUACGAUUGGGCAUGAAUCGGCACCGGAUUAUGGGGCUGCAGCCAAGAUAUCAGAGAGACUGAACGAGUUUAUCAAUGAUGCUGAUGAUGCAUGAGAGCUGCUGUGUAAACAAUCUGAAUUAAUUACCCUAUUCUGACAGAUCAAGCAGGUGCCAUUGCCACGUAAUUAAAGCUAUUUCUUGCUUGGCAACGACCAGAUCUAGUGUUAUGGACUAUGAUGUUUUCGAUUCCCAAGUUUCUAUGUGCAACAUUAGAACCUAGUUAAAUUAAGGAUUGAAACAUUAGCAAGUACUUUUAUAUGUUGUUUGCUUUAGCUUGGACAUAUA